AUGCCUCCGAAAGCUGACAAGAAACCUGUAUCUUCAGCCAUAAAGAUAACAACAAUUGAGACGAAAGAACAAAAACAAGUCGGCGAAAAAGGCAAAAGGAAAAAGGCUAGGAAAGAGACUUACUCCAGUUAUCUCUAUAAAGUACUCAAACAAGUUCACGCCGAUACCGGGAUUUCUUUCAGGGCAAUGUCGAUUAUGAAUUCUUUCGUGAACGAUGUCUUUGAACGUAUCGCGACGGAAGCUUCUAAACUCGCCGCUUACAACAAAAGAUCCACUAUCUCCUCCAGGGAAAUCCAAACGGCUGUUCGUCUUAUCCUCCCUGGUGAAUUGGCGAAGCACGCUGUCUCUGAAGGUACCAAAGCGGUUACUAAAUAUACCAGCGCCAAAUAA